AUGAACGCUCCAAUGCAGCCCAAUUUUGCCCGCGGCUUCCCCCCGACCGCCCAGCGGUCUCCAGCCACUCCCCGUCGCGUACCAGGACCAGGCCAAAUGCCCGUCCCGAUGCCUCAGCACGCUAUUCCUGCACAGUAUAUGCCCACUCAACGUGUGAUGCAGGCAGCCCCAGAACCCCCUCGCCGCGCCCAUAAGCCCACCGACAAGAAUAUCCCCGAUGGCGUUGAAGAUGUAGUUAUCGGCGGCAGCGUUGAGCAAUACAAGAACCUCCGCGAUUUGGAGAAGCGACUCGACGCUUCCGUUGUGCGGAAAAGACUGGACAUUCAAGAUUCUAUCAGCAAGACAGUGAAGAAAUAUCGGACCAUGCGCAUCUGGAUCACCAACACCGUUGAAAACCAGCCGUGGCAGGGUGCCGGCAACAACCCAGGCUCAGGUCGGUAUAAGGUGCGCAUUGAAGGACGACUGCUGGAUGAUCACAACAGUUCUUCUGAGGAUGACGAAGGUCAGCGCGAUGCAGCUGGUGAUGAUGUGAUGGAUCAAGACAAGAGCGAGGAUGAUAAGAGCAAGGAAUCCGACUCCAAGAAGUCGUCUCAGCGUUUCUCACACUUCUUCAAGACCAUCUCAGUCGAUUUCGACAAGCCAGCUAAUGCCAUCCCGGAUGAAGUCAAGCCGGUCAAUUGGUCUAAACCACAGCUGCCUCCGAAUGCGACAUCAGCACCCCCAAACGCAGAGUUCGAUAGCAUCCAGUUCGCGCGGGCGUCUCAGGACAACCUGAAUAUCACUAUUGGUUUGGUUCGGGACGAGACCCCUGAACGAUUCAAGCUGAGCAAGGAGCUGGCUGAGGUGCUUGAUGUUGAAGAAGAGACUCGGAGCGGAAUUGUGCUUGGAAUCUGGGAUUACAUUCGUGCUAUGGAGCUGCAAGAAGACGAGGAAAAGCGCACAGUACGCUGCGACCACCGCCUGUAUUCGAUCUUCGGCCGUGAGCAGAUGUUCUUCCCGCAAAUUCCUGACAGCAUCGCGCCCCACACCAGCCCUAUUGACCCCAUUAAGCUUCCGUACACCAUCCGUGUUGAUGAAGAGUUCCACAAAGACCCCACCCCAACCAUCUACGAUAUCCAGGUCGCUGUUGAAGAUCCUCUCCGCGCAAAGAUGAUGGCCCUCAUCCAAAACCCGCAGUACACCGCUGGUUUGCGCCAGAUUGCCUCAUUGGACGACCAGGUUGCCCUCAUCAUCCAGGCACUUACCCACUCCCGUGCCCGGCACGCCUUCUUUACUGCUCUGAGCAAGGACCCAGUCACCUUCGUGAAGCGUUGGGUCAACUCCCAGCGCCGUGAUCUCGAGAACAUCAUGGGUGAUAUCAACUCUGGCGGUGAUGCCAGUGGACCUGAGUUCCGUCGGGGUGGUGCCAAUAGUGUUUGGAAUUCUGCCGUUGCCAAUGAAGCCGUGCGUUACAUGCUAGCCAAGCCUGAUGCUGCAGCUGCGCGGUAG